UCGUCUUCAUUGUAUUAAUAUAAUCGUUUAGCACUGUAGGUUUGGAUCUGUCCAAAUCAAGAAUUAGAUAUGUCCAGGUACAGGUUUGGAUAUGUCCAGGUACAGGUCUGGAUAUGUCCAGGUACAGGUUUGGAUAUGUCCAGAUACCGGUUUGGAUAUGUCCAGGUACAGGUUUAGAAAUGUUCAGUUACAGGUUUAGAUAUGUCCAGGUACAGGUUUGGAUAUGUCCAGAUACAGGUUUAGAUAUGUCCAGAUACAGGUUUAGAUAUGUCCAGGUACAGGUUUAGAUAUGUCCAGGUACAGGUUUAGAUAUGUUUAGGUACAGGUUUAAAUAUGUCCAGGUACAGGUUAAGAUAUGUCCAAGUACAGGUUUUGAUAUGUCCAAGUACAGGUUUAGAUAUGUCCAGGUACAGGUUUAGAUAUGUCCAGGUAAAGGUUUAAAUAUGUCCGAAUACAGGUUUAGAUAUGUUCAGGUACAUGUUUAAAUAUGUCCAGGUACAGGUUUAGAUAUGUCCAGGUACAGGUUUAGAUAUGUCCAGGUACAGGUUUUGAUAUGUCAAGUUACAGGUUUAGAUAAGUCCAGAUACAGGUUUAGAUAUGUUCAGGUACAGGUUUAGAUAUGUUCAAGUACAUGUUUAGAUAUGUCCAGAUACAGGUUUAAAUAUGUUCAGGUACAGGUUUAGAUAUGUCCAGGUACAGGUUUAGAUAUGUUCAGGUACAGGUUUAGAUAUGUUCAGGUACAGGUUUAGAUAUGUCCAGAUACAGGUUUAGAUAUGUUUAGGUACAGGUUUAGAUAUGUCCAGAUACAGGUUUAAAUCUGUCCGAAUACAGGUUUAGAUAUGUCCGAAUACUGGGUUAAAUAUGUCCGCAUUAAGGUUUAGAUAUCUCCUAUUACAAGUUUCGAUAUAUCCCUGGUCUCCUCGUCCCACUGGAGAGAGGAUAUUAUAGGACGGAAGAAUCUCCGGGUCCGAGGAUCUAGUUAUCUUCUGGACAUCCCCAGGGAAGGUUCAGAUAUCUAGGCACUCUUGGCAUUACAGAAAUCAACAGCUGUAGAACUUAAACAACAACCUAAUAGAAGGUUAAGGUUUAUGAGAAGAAUGUCGUAUUAUAGUUCUCAGCUCCACGAUAUGUCGAGCUACGUUGCUGUAUCAGGAACACCAAACAAUGACUGCUGCACUGUGUUUGGCCUGACGCCCCAAGAAGUAAGAUAUCUCAAGGGAAAGUUUCCUUCUGUUCGUUCUCCUAAUGGGUCCAAUUCACAUCAAAACCACCAUUCUCAACAAUCCCACCAGACUCAUCAAACUCAUCCAACGUCACUUCCUCAACAACAUGGAAUUAGGCUUGAAGCAACAGCUGUUGUGGUUCUUAAUGCUCUAGGAUAUAUUGGAUUCAAGGUUAUCACAACCUGCGGUGAUUCGAAGGAGUAUUUAUGGACACUGGAGCGUAACCUGGACGUGGACCAUCAGUUCAAAGCUUUAGAAGAAUCUUACAAUGAAUGACAUGAGGGAAGUGAUUCCAGCCAUAACUCAAGCAGGAGAUCAAGUAAAGCUGAGAAAUCGCCUGGAAAACGACGACAUUCACUAUCUGCCAAGUUGAACUUUCUCCAUCUUUAAUUCAAUGGACAAACAAGAAACAAGACAUAAAAGAUAUUCUAGAAAUAGAAGAAAAAGUUCUUAAGCCAGCUACAGGGCAUCUCUGUUAAUUUCUAAAACACGAAAAGGCAGACCAUAUAAUAAUGCCGCAAAUAAUUUUAAAGAUACAAAGACGAUCUUCAAGUUGUGUCUUAACUGUCAUGUAGGUGUUUGUACCGUGUACGUGGUUUGAAGAAAUUUUUAUAUUAUUACAAGACGAUGAAUGAAGAUGACUUUUGAUUUAAAUUUUGAUUAUUAAUUUCAAGCUUUUAAACAGCAUAGAUAGCACACAAACCAUGGAAAAAAGAGAAGCUGUCAAUUAAAAAAGCUUCUCUUUAAAUACUUGUAAACUUUAAAUUCAACGAAACGAAACAACA